AUGACGACUGCAACUGGCUCGGGCGAGGGCUUCGGCUCCGUGGCUUGGUGGGGCCUGUCCCCAGCGCUGGAUCUGCAGGCCGAAUGCCCUCCCGAUGCCAGCCCCGGGGACCCCCCGGAACUCGACAUCCUUCUGCUGGGCUCUGUGGACGCACGGCAUGUCCUGCGGACCCUGGCCCAGGCUCCCCGCUGGCCCCUUCGAAAGUUCAACUUCUUCAUUCUGGAGAACAACCUGGAGGCGGUGGCCCGCCAGAUUCUGAUCCUCAGCCUGGCCUUCGAGCCCCCAGAGAAGAUGGGCCUUCAAGAGAAGAGCGAGACGUUCCUGGAGCUCUGGGGGAACGGGCUGGUACGGACCCAGGUGGCCGAGUACAUCCGAGCUCAGUCCCAGCGCAUGCGCCGCCUCUUGCCUGAGCCGGAUGACCUGGUGGCUGAGCUGCCCCAGCUCAGCCUGGAAGCGCUCAAGUUCCGGGAGCGGGAUUCCCUGGAGGCUGUGUUCACCUUUUGGGCGGCCUCCGAGGCAGAGGCCUCUUUCCCGUUGAGCCGCUUGUGGGACUCUCGGCUCCGCGGCUACCUGGGUUCCCGCUACGACGCCCGGUUCGGUGUCAGCGACUGGGAUUUGCACAUGAAGCUACAUGACCGAGGGGCCCGGGUUAUCAACAGCCGAGAAUUUCGGCGCUGGCGGGAAACCAGUGUGGCCUUUGAGAUUCGCGAUGCUUCCGCCUAUCAGCUCCCUAACCGGACCCUGGCAUCUGGGCGCCUGAUGAGCCACCGCGGGGAGCGCGUGGCUGUGAGAGGCUACUGGGGGGACGUGGCUACGGGGCCCUUCGUGGCCUUUGGCAUCGAGUCGGAAGAUCAGAGUCUCCUACAGACCCGAAACGGAACGCCGGUUAAGGUGCUCGGCCCAGCCCUGCCUCGCGGCCUUUGGUCUAGCGGGCCUCCACCCAGACCCUCUGGGCCCCCUCCCUCUCCCCCUCUCCUUCGGCCUCCGCCUCCGCGGACCUUCCACCUCCUUCACUCGCAGAGG